AUGGGGGGGUACGGGGCCGGGGGGGUCAUGCCCGGGACCCCCCGGUGGCGGGGGGGGCGGCAGCGCCCCGACGGGCUCGUCCUUGGCGGCGGCGGCGGCGGCGGCGGCGGCGCGGGGGGCGGCCGGGGCCCGCCGGGGGGGGCCCAGAGCGGCCGGGGGGCGCCGGGGCCCGGCGGGGGGGGCCCUGAGCGGCCGGGGGCGGCCGGGGCCGCCGCUCUCCGCCAUGCGCCGCUCCCAGGGCCGGGCUGGGGCGGGGGCGGGCGGCGGCCCCGCCGCUACCGGGCAGCGUCGUUUUUGGGGUUCCCCUGUUUUCUGAGCGUCGAUUUUGGGGUCCCGCUGCCCCCCCAGUUCGAGGGCACGGAGGGCAGCUGGUUCCAGAAGAUCUCGGCGCGGUUCUGCAGCCGCCAGAGCUUCGCCCUGGAGCAGCUCAAGGCCAAGCAGAGGAAGGACACGAGGUUCAGCCAGUUCAUCCAGGUACCCGAAACACCCAAAACCAGCCCAAAACCAGACAAAAACACGCUGAAACACCCCAAAAACAUCCUGAAAUACCCCAAAACACCCCGAAAUACCCUAAAACACCGGCACCCCAAAGUCCCCCUGGAACCCCCAAAAUCCCCCAAAAUCGCCCCAAUCCCCCGAAAUUCCCCGCAGAAGCUGAAGGAUUACCAGCGGCGCCUGGACCUGUCCGGGGUGAAGCAGAGCUCCGACCCCCUCCUCAACGAGUUCAAGGUCGGGGGGGCCCGGGACCCCCAAAUCCACCCCCAAAUCCUGCCCAGCUUCACCCCAAAAACCUCCCGAGCAACCCGGGCUCGGGGGGCUGCAGAGGUGCAGGUGCUGCUGCUGGACGAUCUGCUGGUGCUGCUGCAGCGGCAGGAGGAGCGGCUGCUGCUGCGCUGCCACAGCCGCGCCCUGGCGCCCGCGCCCGACGGCAAGCGCCUGCUGAGCCCGGUGAUCCGGCUGCGCUGCGCCAUGACCCGCCAGGUGGCCACAGACCACAAGGCGUUCUACGUCAUCGCCAGCUGGGAGGACGGGGCCCAGAUCUACGAGCUGGUGGCGCCCAGCGUGGCCGACAGGAAAACGUGA